AGUUGUUGUUGGUGCACAGAAUCGUCGAAAAUUGGUGGCGGGCCGCAGUAGAUGUUUAUGAGUCAAAAUGUCAAAGAAAGCAUAUUUUUAUUUUUAAUUUUAUUGAAAGAAAAAAUGCAAUAUGUCUUCAUCAUCUUCAAGUGUAUCACUCUGGAUAAAUCCUGAGCCAUUUGAGUUUGGAAUUGUGCCAAUACCUCCUCCUACAAAGCUUGUCCAUCAUAAUCUAAAAAAGUUGUUUGCUUAUGCAAAAAACAAAGGUAAAGCAGGAUAUCCAAGAAUAAGCUAUGCUAUAUGGAAGCAUAUUGCAUGCAACAAACUUCAAAUAAGUGAGGAUGUAGCAUGGUUAUAUUUUCAGACAUGCGAUACAGUUACAGAGCAUAAUUGUGAAUUUAGACUGAUGGUAGCUGAGCAAUAUUUGACCUGUAAGACAGAUGAAGAAAAGGCUAAAUGGAGAGAAAGGUGCUCUGUAGAUCUAUUGAAGUUCCUGAUAUUUCUCUAUAUGCAGCAUGCACAUGUAAUUUCCAUAAAGGCUUCACUGGUGGUUGGGGAAGAAUGGCCCUCUCGAUCAAGGUCGCCAGAGCUGGAAGGAAGAGCUGGAGUUGGAGCAAAGACAAUGAACGAGCACGCACAAUUGCAAUUUGUACAGAACAAUCUAAUGGAAAUUUUAGAGCUGCUUGUUGAACCAGAUGCUUACAGUAUGGGUGCUAAUGGCGAUAGCUCGUUAACUCUUGAUGCCCUGAAAGCCCUUGGAUUGCUUAUUUCUGGAACAAGUGGCAGAGAUGUGGUUCCUGUAGACGAACUUGCUUCAAGACAAUCGCAAGCCCAAAGUUCUGGAUAUUCAAAGAUUUCAAGGACAUUUUCUACGAAGAAGCUUUACAAAUGGAUAACUUUGAAUUUGAAGAGUAACCCUUUUGGAGUUUCUGGCACGAUAUCAUCAGGACAAAGGCUGCGUGGCAGAGCAUACAGUGUUGCUUGUGAAGAUAGCCUAAGUGUUAGCCUAAGCAGCAGUAUGGGUGAAGAGCUGAUAAGAAAUAACCGAGCAUCGAUCGAUCUUCGGGAAUUGCAAGAUUCAAUUACAAAUGAAAUCGAUCUGAAUACAAGCAUCAAAUUAAGCCAAGGGCCCAUUUCGAACAAAAUCAUCUCAAAUGCCAACUUUGCUCCAGCUGGCAACCACAUGAUGAUUUUCAAUCAAGUCUGCAAACGAACAGUGGCAAGAGCUGGAGACCCGCUGACCAAGAGCCGCGUAAAAGUGCAUCGUUGCCAGUACUCACACAUGUAUUUGCUGUCGCCUUUACGUGCUAUCUCUAUCGAGAAAUGUCACGGUACAAAGCUGUUUUUAGGCCCUGUCGAGACUGUUGUUAAUAUCAUUGCCUGUGAAAACGUCGAGGUUUGUGCAGUUACAAGGAAAAUCAAUAUCAACUCAUGUCGCAACUGUGUAUUCCAUUUGUUUACGGAGACGAAGCCGGUUUUAAUUGGCACCAACGAAGAUAUCUUCUUCGCGCCGUAUAGCACAUUCUAUCCAGCGCUUCUUCAGGACAUGGUUACUGUUGGCUUGACAGCAUCGUACAACUUCUGGAAUGAGCCUCUUUUACCAGGUUCGGAAGCAUCAACAGCCAGCAAAGUUUGGGAUGAACUAGACGCAGAUAACUUCUUUCGCUUAUGUACACCCUUUGACAUGGAGGGCGAUACCAAAGAAUGCCCAUUUAGGCUACCGAAAAAGUACGAAGAAGCACUGCGGAAAAAAGAAGAUCAGCUUGACAAUUGGCAUAAAAUGGUAUCUGAAGCAAAAUUAACACGUGAUCAGAAAAAGCAAUUGCAAGGGAUGGUGCAGAGUCGUUUUCAGGAAUGGUUAAAGGAAACGGGAAAUCAGCAGCUACUGGAAAGUUUGACCCUUCAGCACCGAUGAACUCAGAAACCUUGAGUGAACUCAGAAAUGAACUCAGAAAUGAAGCUCAUGUCAACACGAGAGAAUGCCUCUCAAACUCUCGAAACUUCCGCCUACCGGUAAUCAAUCUGAGUUUGUGACUUAAUAGAUAUUUCAUAGAAUGAUAGAGGGAUCUUUAGUAUUUGGGCAGAAAACCUCAUUUUCUACAAGAGCUAGAUUUAAUUAAAUGUUUUCUUGUAUAUCGUAUUCAAAUACGAACUAUGUUUGUUGUGACUGAGAGGAAUGCAAAGCGACCCUUUUUUCUAUCAUUUUAUUGAUGAGGUGUAGUUAAGAUGGUGUUAAAUUGAGUUGCGUUUUAUAGUUGAUUGGAAAGGAAUAUAGUAACAGUUUGAACAAACGAUUUCAUUAGAAACUUUAGAAUACAAAGCUAUUUAAAUGAGAAAUAUAUAUAAUGAAAAUGCACUACUUUCUAGAGUAGGAUGUCAGUUUGUAGAUUAAUUGCAAUUUUUGCCAAUUUGAAAUUUCACUACAAAUAAAAGAAUACUUUUUCACAACAAAGUGCAGUGGUACUUUUC